AUGAACCAUUCCUAUUAUUCACCAACGCAUCUUAUCAAGCUUUGGAGACUUCGAUCCGAUGCUAGCUCUGACAGUCCUACUCCUACUUAUGAUUCUAAUACUCAUGAAGAAAUUGAUGAAUUGUAUCUAGAAACUAGUCAAAUAAGAAACUAUAAGCAUACGAUUACAAUAUUGCAGCAACAGUUGCAAGAACAAGAAAAUAGGGAGCUUACUAUGAUCAUGCAAUUUCAAAAAAACUUUAAAAACCAAGAGCAAGUAAUUUUAGAAUUGAGGAGACAGUUAGAAGAGCGCCAAGAAGUUAUAGUUAAUUUGAAAGGUUUGUUAAGUGAUGAAGUUGAUAGAAAUGAAGAACUGGUCAAGCAUUGGGAUUCUUGGUACUCUAAUCAAGAUAAGCGCAUACAA